AUGGCAGAGACUACACCGGAAAUUACUUCAAGGAGAAAACUGAGCGGAUACGAACUUUAUCGGGAUGUUCUAGGCAGUCCAAAAUAUGUAGUGGCACCCAUGGUCGAGCAGAGUGAGCUGGCUUGGAGAAAACUAUCUAGACGAUAUGGAGCACAACUAAUUUACUCGCCGAUGAUCAACGCCAAGAUGUUUGUAGACUCUACCAACAAAACGUAUCGUCGCGCCAACUUUGACCUAAUAUCUGGCGAAGAAGGCGAUCCCACCAUCGACCGGCCGCUCAUCGUGCAGUUCUGUGCCAACGACCCGGAGCAGUUGCUUGCCUCAGCCAAAGUGGUAGAAGACCACUGCGAUGCAGUCGACCUCAAUUUGGGGUGCCCACAGGACAUCGCGAAGCGUGGUCGAUAUGGAUCUUUCUUGCAGGAUGACUGGGAUUUGAUCUAUAAACUCAUUAAUAUCCUUCACACCAACCUGUCGAUUCCUGUAACCGCCAAAUUUCGAGUGUUUCCGACCGUAGAAAAAACCGUGGAGUACGCAAAGAUGCUGGAGCAGGCAGGCGCUCAAAUUCUUACCUGCCAUGGACGACUGAGAGAGCAAAGGGGCCAGUUAACUGGCCUCGCUGACUGGGACAAAAUCCGUGCAGUCAAGCAGGCAGUCUCAGUGCCCGUCUUUGCAAACGGAAACAUCCUCUACCAGUCCGAUAUCGAUGCCUGUCUAAAAGCUACUGGUUGCGACGGCGUCAUGAGUGCCGAAGGCCAACUGUACAACCCUGCGCUAUUCGCGGGCAUCGAACACCCGCUCGACUCGCCUGACUACGACUCGGACGAACAGAUACUCAUUCGCCACCCACGACAUGCCGACCUUGCUCUAGAAUACCUCGACGUCGUUAUGAGUUUGAAGACGACAACCAGUGUAGGUGGAAUCAAGGGGCACUUAUUCAAGAUCAUGCGUCCUGGGCUGCUGCGGGAACUCGACCUCCGUGAUAAGCUGGGGAAGGUCAAGAUCAACCCCAAGAAGGUUAAAGAAUGUCUCGGUGCGUACAGGACCGUAUGUGAGGAAAUGAAGGCACGAAUGGAGCGGGAUGAACAAGCAGUGAAGGGCACGCCUUUGAAAGAUCUUAUUACCGUUGAGCCUAUCACAGGGAUCAAAGUUAUGCCCCAUUGGUUAGCGCAGCCGUAUUUCAGACCAUCUCCAGAACAGAAAGAGGCCUACGCUCUUGCUAACGGGCUAGAGGAAGCGACUGAGGAUUCUGUCGCAACCUCACCGUCAAAAUCAAAACGACCGCUAGAAGAGCCCACAGAAGUCGGAGACGAUACAAAGAGAGCGCGUCUUGUGCUGGAAGAAACAAACGGAGCACGGAUAACUGAAUCUUUACAGGGAAAUGUGAUACCUGCAUAG